UAGUUUCUUAUGAUUUGGCCACCCCCAUGGAAGUUGUUCCAGAUGAGAACCUUUCAGUUGAAAAGCAGUUACCAGCUAUGGCUAAACAACCUGCAUCAGUAGUCGUAGAAACAAUACCGACACUACCAACAAUGGUGAAAUUGAUGCCGAUGGAUGAUGUUCAGGAUCCGAAUACCUCAAAUGAGUCAGAAUUGAACAUUACAACUGAAGAAACCGUUAAUGAAAAUGCAGAAAUAAAACUUUCACAACUAGCUCACACCUCAAGUACUGCUCAAUCAUCUUCAACUACAGAUGAGAGUAUAUGGAACUUCAAACCAAACUUGAUCACGUAUUUCACAUUGGUGUCCCAAAUGGAAUUACCUGACGGUUGGAUAUGGUCAUUCAACCAAGCCAAAAACGCCAUACUUUGCAUUUACACGGACCCAUUAUCUAACGGGAGGAAUUUGUUUGAUUCAGACAAAUGUUCAUCUUUCACGUCCAUUUCAUGA